CACAGCUUUCAACACAGUUCUUACUGAGACAAUCUCCAUCCUUGCGAAAAUGAAGUUCUCACUUGCACUUCUUAGCCUAGUUGCUACCAAAGCACUUUGCUCUCCUACUGCGCAGUCAGCCGACCUUGCUGCCAUCGAGAACUCCGAUGUCCACCCGGCUGAACUUGGAAUUUACAGCCCCCUAUACGACCCCACUCAGGACGAGGCGAACCUUACGAGCUCUGCUGGCCAGGGAGAACUCCUCACUGAGGUUGCGAAGAUUGCUGCUCGGGGCACCUGCAGCUCUGGAGGCCGUGGAGGGGGAACCGACUACGAUUACGGAUGCGACAAGGGCUGGUGCUGGAGGAAUUGCGGUGGUCCCUUUUACGAUGUUUUCGACAAGGGCAAGUCGUGGUGCUGGCUGAAGUAUGAGAGUGGAAAUGGAGGCUGGACUCCCUGCGGAAGGUGGCAGGAUUGCGAGUGGUCUUACAACAACAAGCAGGCGUACUGUGCAAAGGGCGACUGCCCGUCAUGUGGCUGUGGUUGCUAGUGUUGGAAUCCGCGGAUGAGGUGGGCAUUGGGUACCAGACAAGAUAUUGAGACGAUUGAAUAAACCUAAGCCUCA